AUGAAAAUCCCUCCUCUAAAUAUUGAAGAUGAAACAGAGGUCUUCUUCAGAAACCUGAUGGCAUUCGAGGAAUAUAAUGGGGGAACUAAACCAAAUUAUGUGAUUGAUUACGCCAAGGUCAUCGAUUGCCUCAUCAAUUUCCUGAAGGAUGCUGAAAAACUUCGCCAUUAUGGAAUUAUUGAUAACUGGUUAGGUGAUGAUAAAGUGGUUUCUACAUUGUUUAACAAAUUGGGCAAUCAAAUCAGCAUAAAUUCUGCGACGUUUUGCUACUCGAAAGUUUUCAACAAAGUGAACAAACACUGCGAACGUCGUCGGCAUACAUGGAUGGCCAAAUUAAAGCAUAAUUAUUUCAAUAGCCCGUGGUCUACCAUUUCAGUGGUUGGGGCUGAAGACAAAGAAGCUGCAAUUCAGUAA